GUUGCAGAUCAGAGCUGCUGUUCCUCGGUGUGCAAUGGACGGCCGCCUAGAGACUGAAUUGUAUCCUAUGGGAUCAAGUUACCCAGAUUUAGACAUUGUUCAUGAUAUUGCAGUUGGUACAAAGAGAGGAUCUGACGAGCUGUUCUCCUGUGUUUCCAGCGGGCCGUAUAUCAUGAGCUCAGCGGCUAACGGCAAUGACAGCAAGAAGUUCAAAGGGGACAUUAGAAGUCCCAGCAUUCCAUCCAGAGUUAUACAUGUCCGUAAGCUUCCCAAUGACAUCAACGAAGCUGAGGUCAUCUCCCUGGGCCUUCCAUUUGGCAAAGUCACCAAUCUGCUCAUGCUGAAGGGAAAGAAUCAGGCUUUCUUGGAAAUGAACACUGAAGAGGUAGCACAAACGAUGGUUACUUACUACUCCUCAGUAACGCCAGUCAUCAGAAAUCAUCCCAUAUACAUGCAGUACUCCAACCACAAAGAGCUGAAAACAGACAACUCCCCAAACCAAGUGAGGGCACAGGCAGCACUGCAGGCAGUGAAUGCUGUUCAGACAGGUAGCAUGUCCAUAGCUGGUGUUGACCCAUCCGGUAUGACCGGUCCCAGCCCUGUCCUGAGGGUCAUUGUUGAAAACCUCUUCUACCCAGUGACCCUAGAUGUUCUUCACCAGAUAUUCUCAAAGUUUGGCACAGUGUUAAAGGUGAUCACCUUCACAAAAAACAAUCAGUUUCAAACUCUCCUGCAGUUUGCGGAUGGGCUCACUGCGCAACAUGCCAAGUUGGCCCUGGAUGGACAGAACAUCUACAAUGGCUGCUGCACUCUGCGUAUCAGUUUCUCCAAACUAACCAGCCUAAAUGUGAAGUACAAUAAUGACAAAAGUCGUGAUUACACACGGCCAGACCUGCCCACUGGGGACAGCCAACCUGCUAUUGAGCAUCACGCCAUGGCUGCCUUUAGAAGUGCAUUCAUUAAUUUUCUUCUCCUUAUAAUUGGCAGCUUCUCCGGACUCAUCUCUGCUGCACCAUUUGCGGGAGCUCAUGCCUUUCCACCAGCCUUUGCUAUCCAGCAGGCUGCUGGGUUGACCCUGUCUGGGAUUCCUGGAGCCCUGGCUUCAUUGACUAUCCCCGGAGCAGCGGCGGCUGCUGCAGCUGCCAGCAGACUGGGGUUCCCUGCCCUCCCCGGCAGCCACUGUGUCAUGUUGGUCAGCAACCUGAACCCUGAGAGAGUUACGCCCCACUGCCUCUUUAUUCUCUUCGGUGUAUAUGGGGAUGUAAUGAGAGUGAAAAUCAUGUUCAACAAGAAGGAUAAUGCUCUCAUACAGAUGUCUGAUGGGACACAGGCCCAGCUCGCGAUGAGCCAUCUGAACGGGCACAAGUUAUAUGGCAGGCCCCUGCGUAUUACCCUGUCCAAACACACAACUGUUCAGAUGCCACGGGAGGGACAUGAGGAUCAGGGUCUCACCAAAGAUUACAGCAACUCUCCACUUUAUCGCUUCAAGAAGCCAGGCUCCAAAAACUACUCCAACAUCUUUCCUCCCUCAUCCACACUUCACCUGUCUAACAUCCCACCCUCGGUUGUUGAGGAUGAACUCAAGAUGCUCUUUGCUACCAAUGGUGCUCUGGUGAAGAACUUCAAGUUCUUUCAGAAGGAUCGCAAGAUGGCUCUGAUUCAGAUGGAUUCAGUGGAGGAAGCAAUUGAGUGUCUGAUUCAGUUCCACAACCAUGACCUCGGAGAGAAUCACCAUCUUAGGGUUUCCUUCUCCAAAUCUACCAUUUGAGAAAACUGGGACUGGAGUGGCCAGUCACUUUUAAAUCUUAAUAAGUCUUAUCCACAAAGCUCACUUUCAUCAAUGCAGUAUUUUAUUAAAAGGGAUAGUUCACCCACAAAUGAAAGUUCUCUCAUCAUUUACCUCAUGCGAUGUGCUAGACUUUUUUUUUUUACUUUAUUUGUUUGCUGCUGCUGCUGAACCCAAAGAUUUUUAGAAGAAUAUCUCAUCUCUGUAGGUCUAUGCAAUGCAAGUGAAUGGUGAUCAAAUCUUUGAAACUAAAGAAAGGACAUAUAGGCAGCGUAAAAUACCAUACAACUUCAGUGGUUUAAUCCAUAACUUUUGAAGCAAAAUGAGGGUGUGGGUGAGAAACAGAUCAAUAUUUAAGUCCAUUUUACAAUAAAUUGCCCUGCUUCUUUUUGCCCAGAAGAUUGUGAAAUGCACAAAGAAGGCGAAUUGCCAAAAACGAUAGAGUGGAGAUUUAUAGUAAAAAUAUUGAUCUGUUUCUCACCCACACUUCUCACCCACUCAUAUUGCUUUUGAAGACAUGCAUUCAACCACUGGAGUCAUAUGAAUGACUUUUAUGCUGCCUUUAUAUGCUUUUUGGACCUUCAAAGUUCUGACAAUAUUCACUUGAAAUGUAAGUACCUACAGAGCUGAAAUAUUCUUCUAAAAAUCUUUCUUUGUGUUCUGCAGAAAAAAAGAAAGUCACACAUCUGGGAUGGAAUGAGCGAGAGUAAAUUAUGAGAAUUUUCAUUUUUGGGUAAACAAAUCCUUUAAGAGGCAUUUUAGUUUAUUUGAUAUAUUUCAAUGUUUUGUUUUACUCAAAGUUUUAGAACAGUUGUAGUUUUAGUUUUUUAGGUCUUUUAUGCUUCAGUUUUCAGACUUUUUAAGCCUUAAACAAUGAUUUUAUGUAGAUGCAGAGGGAAACCACUACAGGCCUUUGAUUCCGUAAUGUGCCAUUUGUGCCUGACUGCUCCAUAUUUCCAAAACCUCAAUCAAACAUCUGCCUAAUGUUUGCAAAUCUGUAGUUUACAAUCCAUUUUGUGCCCUCAGCGCCAAACAUUCAUGCUCACAGGAGACCGGAAUAAUUGCAUCAGGCUUAUGGUACAGGCUUUAAACCCUACACCUCUGCAUAAUGUAUCUCCCAGCAGGGUUGUACUUUUCAUAUCCUCUAGCUUUAUCAUUUAUACUGUAUCUUUAGACUUAGAAUGUUUACAGGCAUUCCUUCAAAUGUAUGCAAUCUUUUCUGUAUAAAUUCAAUAGUGAAGUAUUACCUAGAUUUGCAUUGUUUUUAUGCUGUGGGCCGUUGCAUGUUGGCCUACUUUUUGUCCUGUUCUUUGCGUAGUUUAGCUAUGGGCUUCAUGUUAUUUUGUGAUAUAGCAGAUUUUUUUAACUAUUCGACUUAAAAGGCCUCGUAUAUUUUAUGUAUUCAUGUACUUGUGUGUACACUACAGCUUGAAGCCAAAGCCUUUCCUCUGUUUACCUUCAUAAGGGAUAUCCUGACACCUUUUAGUCUCAAAUGAAAAAAGGCAUGUAGAAACAUGUCUUCUCAGUGCUUACAAGUGACACACAGAGGUUCUCUUGUGUCUCACUGUAGAGAACCGUGUGAUGGAAACUGCAGUGCAGGUGAAUUGGGGCAGUCAUCAGAUACAGUAUAUUUGCCAGAUUAUAAGAACACCUGCCGAAUUGUGCGCACCGUGUGAGGAUAAAUGCUUGUAAGUCUUAAAUCAAAAAUGAUCUCAAUCAGUGACCUUUGUAAAUAAUUAAGGCCUUUAUUGUCCAAAAAGUUCAAAUUUGUUGUACCUUUUUAAAUGAGCGAUGUCUUGGUAGACUUGUAGCAGUUCAUCCAAGAAACAUUUUUAAAGAUGUUUUAUAUUUUAUGAAAGGCCUGUUAGGAGCACACAGGAACUUAUGAAAAUAUAUGGCACUGUAUUGUACCAGGGUAUAUACAAAAAGCACAACUAUAAUGUGUUUAUUAUUCCCAGCAAUGUGUCCAUAGUUAUAAGGAUCAAGUUAUUAAAAAACUUCAUUUUUCACUAGGUUGGGUAUGUCCAACCCACCCAAUGUUCACCUUUUGUUUUAUUAAAAAAAAACUUGGGACCAUUUUCAAAAUUAGUUUGAGAAACCUAAAAAAUAAAGGAGGUGCUUUGUUUUGCUUGUCACUUUAUAAACUGAAGAGAGAAAAAGCUGAUCUUUUGAAAACAUUAAUUCUUUACAGUGGUUAGAUAAAGCGUCAUUAUGCAUCUUUGCACACACAAAAAUAAUUUACAACAUCUGCCUUGGAUUGUAAAGUGUGUUUUUCUUACAGUGGACGGGUGAGGUGUAAAUACUAUUUUUGUAUCUCAAUGUUAAAAGUUAUUCGUUUUUAUAUAUUUUGUAUGUUUUGAUAACAGCUGUGGACCAUCAGCAUGCAUGAUUAUAAUUCAAUAAGACAAUUGUUAAAAUAUGGAUUUCACUGCUUUGAAAGUCUUUAUUUCAUACUUCUUGACAUUCCUAGUUGUACUUUUUAUGUAUUUUGCCUUCAGUAAAUAUUUGUUUACUCAAGUCUCUGUGUGUGAUAUUCAUGUCAAAACAAGGACCUGUUGUUAUUACUCAUUUACAUGGGACUGCAAAAGUCACACGAUGACCCUUAGACUAG